UCAAAGUCAAACAUAUGGAUUAUUUACGGUAAAGAGGUUGUGCCGCAGUGUUAAAUUUUCAGUUUAUUUUCAACUUUUCAUGACUUUUGUUUGAUAACAUUGACUUAUAAUAAUGAUGGAGGGCUCUCUUAGUAAAUGGACCAAUGUUAUGAAAGGAUGGCAGUACCGUUGGUUCGUGCUCGACGAGAAUGCUGGUCUCCUUUCUUAUUAUACGUCAAAAGAGAAGAUGACAAGAGGCGUGAGACGUGGCUGCGUGAGACUCCGAGCGGCUGUUAUCGGUAUAGAUGAUGAAGAUGAUUCAACAUUCACGAUUACCGUCGAUCACAAGACUUUUCACUUUCAGGCGAGAGACGGCGCUGAACGCGAGCGUUGGGUGAGAGCAUUAGAAGACACUAUAUUGAGGCAUGGUAGACGAGAGAGAUGGUCCCGAUGCGUGCCGGCCCCUAGACACAGACACGGCGACUUGGAGAGGCGCAUAGCUGAGGCCGACGCGUAUCUACAGAUCAUGAUUGAACUCGUAUCUAAAAUGAACACAAGGGUAUCGGAAUUAUCAGACCCUCAAGAGAAGGGUAAAGGACAAAUUAUUCUAGAUCAUUCUAAUGCAAUGCUGGACAACAUCAAACAUUCCAUCGUGCUACUACAAAUAGCAAAGAACACCGUGAAUCCAGUCAACGGAAUUUACCAGGGACCAACGAAUCCUUCGCAAACACAUAUCAAACAAAGUGGGGAGAUGUCACCACGUGUGGAAAUAGGUUCGGAAUGCAGAGAGCUGGCAACACCGACACACGACAUGCCGGCCUUAGAGGACAUAGACACGGCGCGACCCGCCAUGUCCUUGCUGGUGCCUGACACGUCGUAUUCUUCGUCGGAAGGCGAAGACGACUUUUACGACGCCGAUGAUGAACCGGCCACUUCCAUUCAACCAGGUUCCAGCGUUAGCAAGAAUCAUCCGGCGGAGGGCACGCCCGAGCAAGACUCGGCGCAGCCCGCGACCGUCGACCUGCCUCGCACUAGAGAUGGAGAGAUCGACUAUGAUGCUCUCUACGAGGACGAAUCGGACAGUGACCUCGGAUCGAUGGAGAACCACGGCUCGGUUGUCACGCAUCUCCUGUCGCAGGUCAAGAUCGGAAUGGAUCUCACAAAGGUUGUGCUCCCGACUUUUAUACUGGAAAGACGAUCGCUAUUGGAAAUGUACGCGGAUUCGUUCGCUCAUCCCGACCAAUUUAUAAAGAUAGUAGAGUUGCCGACGCCGCGCGAAAGAAUGGUGCAAGUGAUCCGCUGGUACCUGAGCUCGUAUCACGCCGGUCGCAAGUCGCAAGUCGCCAAGAAACCCUACAACCCCAUACUGGGGGAGGUGUUCCGCUGUCACUGGGACCUGGACGGUGCACUCGAUAACCCCAAUGAUAAGCAAGAGGUAGGGGACGGUCCGGUACCGUGGUGCAGUCCGGACCAGUUGUCGUUCGUGGCCGAGCAAGUGUCCCACCAUCCUCCCAUAUCGGCGUUCUACGCGGAGCACGUCAACAAACGCAUCCAGUUCGAAGCCUGGGUGUGGACGAAGAGCAAAUUCCUCGGCCUGUCCAUAGGAGUCCACAACAUCGGCAAGGGCACGGUCACGCUCAUCGAUCUCGGAGAGGAGUACACUUUGACAUUCCCCAAUGGUUACGGCAGAUCAAUAUUAACGGUACCGUGGAUCGAACUGGGCGGCUCUGUGGUCAUCGAGUGCGUGCAAACCGGCCACAAAGCCAACAUAGAGUUCCUAACGAAGCCAUUCUACGGCGGCAAGAAGCACAGGGUGACCUGCGAGAUAUUCGCCGGCGCUGAGAAGAAGCCGUACUACACCGCGCAAGGCGAGUGGAACACCAGGAUGGAUGGGAGGUGGACCGACUCAGGGCGGUCGGAGAUCCUGUUCGAAGUGAGCAACAUGAAGCCGCGGCGCAAGCGCGUGGCGCCCGUGAGCCGGCAGCUGCCGCACGAGUCGCGCCGCGUGUGGCGCCACGUGACGUGCGCCCUGCGCGCCGCCGACUGCGACGCCGCCACGCUCGCCAAGCGACACGUGGAGCAGGCGCAGCGGGACGCAGUCAAGCACCGCGAGGCCAGCGGGGAGAAGUGGCAGACGCAGCUUUUCAGUCCCAGGAUCGAAGAAGGCUGGGAGUACAAGUCGCCUCUCAAGAACCGCAACGUGCCCUGCAAAUCGCCCCAACACAAGCACUCUGAGAACGACAAUACGAGAUAAUCGUAUCAAAGUAGAAGAGACUUUAUUUAUAUCAACACUAAGGUAGUGAUUCCUGUCACGGCUAUACCGGUCCCUUUAGUGCAGGCACGUAGCCGAAUCCAUGGGUAAUGUUGCUAGAUUAAAUAAAACGAGAAGAUAAUAUUCAUAGUAGUUUUUGAAUUUUUUUUUUCUUUUUUUUAAAUAGGAGUUCGUUUCCAAUAAAAUGUAUGUAGAAGAUAAUAUUCUUUGUUGUUCGUUAACUUCAUAGACAACGUGGCGUCUCGGGCAAGUCGUUAUGCAUCGUGAAAUGUCCAUGUUUCCAUUUUUGAUUGUGUAUAAAACCACUUUUAUGCUGUUAGCACACACACGACCGGUUUUUUUUUUUUUGGACUAAAUUUCAAUUUUGGUCGUGUUAUAGAAAAACAAAUUAAAAACUCACUUGAACCUUUCAGUCUAAAUCCAUCUUAAAAUAACACUGUAAUAAAUCUGAGAGAGAGUUACGUGCCUGUGAAUAAUUAUAGGUCGUAGAAUGUUUAUAGCGGUUCGGUUGAUAGACUAUACGAAUAAAUGCUUCUGUUUAGUAAAUAUUGGUCAAAUGAAAAAAAGUACCAAUACAAAAUUAAUACUCGAUUUCUUGCCAAUUUAACAAGAGUCCCAACAGAAGAAUACUACUACUGUAUUGUUACUUCAAUAGUUCGGUAGCGCGUCUGUCGCCCAGAAGUAUGAACUUAAAAAUUUAAGAAAGGAAAAGGCAUAAACAGGAGCAUUAAACUCAUCUUAGUAAAAGGAUCAGCUGUUCCCGCAUAUGGACGCCAUCUUGUUAAAGAGAUUUUCAAACAAAAUGGCGCACGUCUAGAUGUUAAUAAACACGACCACGUUACAUGUUUAAUAGGUUAAGGUUAUUUAAAAAUAUUGUGUAGAUAAAACUUAAAGAAAUGUUGUACAAAAGUUGUAUGAGUUUUUUUGUUUACAUUUUUUGUUCAUAAUUGAUUAGCAUCUUUGGAAAGAUUUUUUUUUACUUUUUGCGAUAACAGCAUUCAAUUUUUAAUGGGUUUGUUGUGAGGACAUGAGUAGAUGUUAUACUUUUAAAUUUAUGGACAUAAUUUGACAUGUACUUGGUUCAACAAAUAUUUAUACCUCAAUCCUAUUACAAAAGUACCUACUCGUGAUUAAUGUAGUUAUCAUAAAUUUUUUUUUUUUUUUUUUUUUUUUUUUUUUUAUUGCCCUUGUAGACAGACGAGCAUACGGCCCACCUGAUGGUGAGUGGUUACCGUCGCCCAUGGACUUCAGCAAUGCCAGGGGCAGAGCCAAGCCGCUGCCUACCGCUUAAUACUCUCCACAAGCCUCGUUUGAAGAAGGACAUGUCAUAGCGCUCGGGAAACACCGUGGAGGGGAGCUCAUUCCAUAGCCGGAUGGUACGUGGCAAAAAAGACCUCUGGAAACGCACUGUGGAUGACCGCAGUGGCUCCAGGUAGUAUGGAUGAACUCUACUCCGGUGGCGGGCGGUGCGAUGGUAAAAACGAGAUGCCGGUAUCAUCUCGAACAAUUCCUCAGAGCACUCCCCAUGGAACAUACGGUACAAAAUACAGAGGGAACCGAAGUCCCUCCGCAGACCCAGAGGUUCCAAACGAUCCGUGAGACCGGGAUUAUCGACAAUCCGAACGGCCCUCCUCUGUAUGGAGUCAAAUGGAAGAAGCUGGUAUUUGGGAGCCCCGGCCCAGAGAUGGGAGCAGUACUCCACGCGAGGCCGGACUUGUGCUUUAUAAAGCAAAAGCCUUUGUCCAGGCGUGAAGUACCGCUUCGCUCUGUUGAGGACUCCCAGCAUUUUGGACGCCAACUUGGCUUUGCCUUCCAAAUGACUCCGAAACUGGACAUCGCUCGAAAUGUCGACCCCAAGUAUCCCAAUACUCUCGGAAGGUUGCAGGGAUACUCCUUGGAAUUGCGGCGCCAUGACAAAGGGGUCCUUCUUCGCAGUGAACGCGCAAACUUGUGUCUUUAACGGGUUGAAUUGAACCAAGUUCAAUUCACCCCAUUUGGAGACUCGCCCCAGAGAGUUCUCCACUUCAGACACAAGUUUUGAUCGUCUCUCUUGCACCACGCUCCGAGAGAGACUCUGAUGGCCGAUAUAUCGCGCAUCCCCCGUGCUGUCAUCCGCAUAGCAAUGCAUGCCAUCAAUAGACAGCAUGUCAUUGAUAUACAGGAUGAAAAGCGUGGGGGAGAGCACCGAACCUUGUGGAACGCCAGCGUUAAUGGUCAUGGUAUCAGAACAGUCACCGUCUACAACGACCGUGAUGCUCCGCCCAUCCAAAAAGCUAGCGAUCCACUUGCAGAGACCCUCGGGGAUUCCGUAAGAUGGUAGCUUCGACAGAAGUGCCCUAUGCCAGACCCUGUCGAAGGCCUUCGCAAUAUCAAGGCUCACAGCAAGAGCCUCGCCCUUGCUCUCCAAGGCUUCAGCCCACCUGUGAGUAAGGUAUACAAGAAGAUCGCCAGCUGAGCGACCGUGACGGAAACCGUACUGUCGGUCACUGAUCAGCUGGCGAUCCUCCAGAUACUUCAGGAGUUGUAUAUUAAUUAUUCGCUCCAUCACCUUGGAAAGCAAGGAAGUUAUCGCGAUAGGCCUGUAGCUCGAUGGGUCCGACCGGUCACCCUUCUUGGGGAUAGGGUGGACGUGGGCAGUCUUCCAUGAAGACGGAACCCUGUUAGCGCAAUAAGAGAGGCGAUACAAACGCGUUAGCGCAGGCGUCAGCUCAGGGGCGCACGUUUUCAGAACCACUGCAGGGAUGCCGUCUGGCCCGCUCGACUUAUGGACGUCCAGGAGUCGGAGUUCCCGCCUGACUGCACACUGUGUAAAGCAGAUCUCCGGCAGGGAACUAUCACACCGGAGGAUGUUCGGUGGUGUGGCACCCCCGUCGUCCACAGUCGAGUUCGAGGCGAAGAGUUUGACCAGAAGGUCAGCCUUCUCUUUCGCACUAUGGGCCAGACUGUCAUCGGACUUGCGUAGUGGUGGGAGACUAGACCUGCAAAAGUUACCUUCUGCAGCUUUGGCGAGCGACCAAAAAGCACGGCUCCCAGAGGGAUAGCUCUUCAGUCGCUCGCCAAUUCUAGCAACGUGCUCCGAUUUCGCCCUGGCAAUAACCUUCUUGUAGGACCUGGAAGCGGCGUUAUAUUUCCGCCUUUCCUCUGAGAUGUUAGGAUCCCGACGUCUCCUAGCAUCAUCCCAUGCAACGUAUGCGGACCGCUUGAGGUGUGCAGCAUCCCUGCUGGCAUUGUUAUACCAGGGUCUGCCGCGACCCCCAACGGGCACUUCAGAGGAGGGAAUAAACAAUUCCAUCCCCUGGAGCACCACGUCUUUAAGACGGUCCGCACAGACGUCAGGAUCAGCAGAGGAAAAGCAGAACCGCCCCCAUGGGUAGGAUGCGUAAAACUCACGCAAUCCAUCCCAAUCUGCUGACAAAUACUGCCAAACUCUUCGAUACCUGGUCGUCGUUCGACGACUAGGACGAGAGAGUGGUGUGGCAGCACGGAUAAGGCAGUGAUCAGACGAUCCAAGUGGAGCGUCGACCACCACACUGUAUCCGGCUGGAUCGGUGGUCAGCAGAAGGUCCAACAGAGAAGGCUCGUGCCCCUCAAUAUCUGGGACACGGGUGGGCUGUGUCACCAGCUGGGAGAGGCCGUAGGCCAAGGCGAAAUCGUAGGCAGCCCGACCCGGGAGGUCAGUGGUUCUGGACCCCAACCACUCUUGGUGAUGAGCGUUAAAGUCUCCAAGAACCACCACCUCCGCAGAUGGGUACUGCUCAAGCACGCGGUUAGUCCCCUCUUGCACAUGCUCUAUCAGAGCUGAACCUGCAUCACUGCUGUGGGACCUGUACAGGCACGCGUAGACUCGGGUACAGCCCCCGUGAUCUACGCGCAGCCACAAGAGGGACAGGUCCCGUUGUUCGAGGCUUCGUAGACGGCGACAACAGACAUCAGCCCGGACGAAUACACACACCCCGGCUUUACGCAGGAAGUUGUGCUCCAAUACGUAGCCGGGGUAUUCAAGGUACGAAGUAUCAUCCGGAGCAGAUAUCUGCGUCUCCGUCAGAAAAAGAAGGGCAGGCUGCGCCGUCUCAAGAUGGUGGUGUACGGCGUCGAGGUUGCUAUGUAGACCCCUUACAUUGCUGAAAUCCACAUUAAAUGUGGAAUGGGGAGUCGCCGACAAAACCCUUUUCCUUUUUCGAACUUUCAUUUUUUUUUAUAUUUUUUUUUAUUUGGAGAGUGGGAUUGGGCGGGGUAGGAUGUUCGAGGCGAAAUCGUGACAAUACCUGAAUAAAGCGCGGAGCACAGUACGUGCUCGACCACGGGUUGCGUGAGCGACUGACGCAGGGCAUGGAAGGGCCCCCAGUCCACCCUGCGUGCGAUCGCCGGGAUCCACUCCGGUCUCCGACUCCGGCACGACGACCGCACGACAGGAUUUUACACCGGUUGGCGGGACAGCUUCCCGGGGCGGAGUUUAGUAGUGACACCCGGGUUCAGGUCCCCAACUGACCGGCGGGCGGCGGCGAACACCGUUUCACUGGGUCUCCCUAUACCCCCGUCAAACAAUCACGUCCCGCGAGCUCACACGCACGUCUGCUCCGCAUGUUCCAGGUAUCGCCAAGAUUCACCCCCAACAAGGAAGAGGAAAGGGUAGGAAUAACACUGGCUCUCCAACCCACACGCCGGAACACAGCUAGGCUAUUUGGCGGCGGACUCUAGUUGGAGGGUGGUCGCCAGCCAGUCGGACAAGUCCUACCACCGAUUAUGUAUUCGGCUCCCGUUUUGCACCACCCAGGGGUCACUUGUAGGGAAUCGCGGGUUAAACCUACGGAAGCGGGAAGCAAUCAACCCCCAAACUCCAAACCCCCCAAUGUCAACUGUCAAACUGACAGUACGAAUCUUGUUGUUUAAAGAUGAAAUCUUAUCUAAAUUUACUGCUUAACGGCCUAUAAUAAAUAGUUUGUAAUGGCAGAAAUGGCAUGAUUGUUAGCGAUAACGCCAUAAAUAUAUGUAAAUAAAUACAUGUGGGAGCGGAAAAAAACAUACAUGUGGGAGCUAAAAAAAAGCUUGUUUGAACACACGCUUAAAGCACUCUGGUAAUAGAGAGAGAGAAAGCUGCAGCAUGGACGUUGUAUUUUUUUUUCAAGGUAAAGUACUCGUUAAUAAUGUUUUGUACUUAACACGAUCAACACAAUGGCCGUUAGACUUUCAGAUGACUAUUCUAAAACAAUGAAAAUUAAUUGUGAUAUCUUAUAUCUUAGGACUCUCGGUAUAAACUUUGCUGAAACACGAGAGGUGAUGAUAUUGGUUCGUUUUUAUAGAACCAGAAAUAUUAAAUUCAAUAUCCCUUUGCUCGGACGAAAUAGGAUUCCAAGGCAAAGGGAAUAAAUAGGCAGGCACCUCUUAAUACAAAUUGUCGAAAAUAUUGUAGAAUAUAUUAAGUAACACGAAUUUUGUUUGUAAGUUACCUACUUUAACGAAACUUAAAAAAAAAAAAUUAUCGUAUGUAGUUCAGAACGAAAACAGAAGUUACUUACUAUAUCAUAUCUCUUAAUAUAUUUAAGAAAAAAAAAAUAGAUUUUUCACAUCCUUUUUCUACUCUAUACAAUAAUACUAUCGAAAACGUUUGGAACUAAUCUAAAGGCGAUAUUCGUACCAAUACUUCAUCCUAUUGGCCCAACAUCAAUUCUGGAUAUUGGCAACGUUGGUGAUAUCUGUCAAAAUAAGGACUACAGAAUAUGAAUGAAAAUGAUCCCUAUAAUAAAUACAAUGAUAUGAUUAAACACGGCAUGUCGUAUUUACAAUUUCGAUAAUCGUAUUAACACAUAUAAAAUCUUCACAAUACAGAAAUGCUAUAUUUAAAAAAUGAUCAUGAAAUUUCGGUAAAUAAAUGAUCAUUUAAGGGCUCGCAAUGGUUGAUUGAUCUUGAUACUUUUAGGAUUCAAAUCAAAGCCACGUAUAUUAAUUAGGUCCAUGUAGCACUUCGUUAUAGUGAAAAGACUGAAUGAGUGAACGAAAAUGGGUGUACUGUGAAAACUGGCGUGAAGUGAAUUGCAGAAUUUAAUUAUUAUUAUUAUUAUUCUAUCACAUAGACUUAUUCGAUUGAAUAGUUUUAAAACCAUGUUGUAUAUUUAAAUAAAAAAUUAUUACGUAA